AUGGGUUCGCGGCAGCAUCUUCGCGAUAUGAGGACUGGCCCCCCGCUUUCCUACGAGGAUGAUAUCAGAGCCUACAAAAAAGAAUAUGCCGAAGCUCUCGAUGCUCAGGAUCCUCUGAGGCAGUUUCGAGACGAAUUCCUUAUUCCCUCCAAGCAAGAUCUCAAAAGAAAAGGUCUUGCAGUAGAGGAAGGUUGUGACGAAAGCUCCGAUCCUCGCUGCAUCUACUUUUGUGGCAAUUCACUAGGUGUUCAACCCCGCAAGACACGGCAUUAUAUUGAACUGUAUUUGCGAACAUGGGCCACCAAAGGUGUGACCGGACAUUUUGUUCCGCAUGAGGAUCAACUCCUCCCACCGUUCGUCGAUGUUGAUACGGCUGGUGCCAAACUCAUGGCACCUGUCGUGGGUGCUUUGCAAAGCGAAGUAGCGGUCAUGGGUACUCUAACUGCUAAUCUUCAUCUUCUCAUGGCGAGCUUUUACCGGCCAACUAGUGAAAAGUACAAGAUCAUCUUGGAGGGCAAAGCAUUCCCGAGUGAUCAUUAUGCAAUUGAAUCUCAAAUUCGUCACCACAACUUCAGCCCUAAGGAGGCCAUGGUUUUGAUCGAGCCGGAGAAUGUGGACCUACCGAUCCUGAGCACCGAACAAAUACUGAAGGUCAUUGAUGACAAUGCGUCGAGUACCGCAUUGAUUCUUCUGUCGGCAAUUCAGUUCUAUACUGGGCAGUACUUCGAUAUCGAAAGAAUCACCGCCCAUGCCCACUCCAAGGGUAUCCUAAUCGGCUGGGACUGUGCACACGCUGCUGGAAACGUUGACCUGCGUUUACAUGAGUGGAAUGUCGACUUUGCAGCAUGGUGCACCUACAAGUAUAUCAACAGCGGACCCGGUGGAAUGGCAGGAUUGUUUGUUCACGAAAAGCAUGGCCGUGUGGAUGAGAAACAGCCUGAUAGCGAAGAGACCUUCCGUCCUCGCUUCGCAGGUUGGUGGGGCGGGGAUCUCAAGACUCGCUUCAAUAUGGAAAACAAAUUCGUUCCUCAGCCUGGUGCCGCAGGCUUCCAACUCUCCAACCCUUCUGUUCUGGAUAUGAAUGCGGUCGUUGCCUCCCUGGAGAUCUUCAACCGGGCCACCAUGGAGGAAAUCCGGAAAAAGUCCCUCAAUCUCACAGGCUACCUGGAACACCUGCUGAUGAAAUACCCAUUGGAUGCCUCUCUAGAAGAAAAGCCAUUUACUCUCAUCACGCCAUCUAACCCAACCGAGAGGGGAGCUCAACUGAGCUUUCGGCUCCGACCAGGGCUUCUUGAUAGCGUUCUACGUCAUCUGGAGGAAAACAGCGUGGUCAUUGACGAAAGAAAACCGGACGUUAUUCGCGUGGCACCUGCCCCAUUGUACAAUACUUAUACGGAGGCCCCGCACUGGAAGUGGAUUAGUCUGCCACAAAAGACGCCAUAUCAUAUCAUUUUGCUAGCGGAAAAGUCUCCGAUGUGUCUUUGCCGUCUUCACUCUGGAAAAGCGAAGAUGGGAACAUCAGCGCCAACUGUGACGGCCACGGCCGAUCCGGAGUCUGCUCAGAAUACAUCUGGAGGUGCGGGGAACCGAAGCGGCGAUGUCGCUGAUGUCGACUACUCCGUCUUUACGAUCAGUCAACGACGAUACAUUGUCUUUAUGGCUUCCUGGGCUGGGUUCUUUUCGCCUGUUUCGUCGCAGAUCUACUUCCCGGCGUUGAAUACUCUAGCCCGGGAUCUUCAUGUGCCAAAUUCAUUGAUGAACCUGACCCUCACGAGCUAUAUGAUUUUUCAAGGCCUGUCGCCGAUGUUCAUUGGUGAUUUUGCCGAUAAGGCCGGACGAAGACCCGCAUACAUUCUGUGCUUCACGAUCUACAUUGCUGCCAAUAUUGGACUGGCUCUGCAGAACAACUAUGCAGCACUCUUUGUCCUUCGAUGCCUCCAAAGCGCUGGAAGCAGCACUACUAUUGCCCUUUCGUCUGGCGUGGUCUCUGACGUGGCUACAGCGUCUCGAAGAGGAUCCUAUAUGGGAUUUGUGACGGCCGGCUCUCUCCUGGGUCCUUCUAUCGGCCCAGUGAUUGGUGGCCUGCUGUCUCAGUACCUUGGAUGGAGAGCGAUCUUCUGGUUCCUUGUGAUAUUUUCAGGAGCCUUCAUGAUCCCAUUUCUUGUAAUUUUCCCAGAGACUGCUCGAGGCGUCGUUGGUGAUGGGUCACUACCACCGCAAAAAUGGAACAUGUCCUUGAUGAAUUACCUGAAGUCGCGCAAGGCCAGUGAAGAGGGGGUUGAGUCGCCAGCAAGCUCGCCCAAGCAAAAGCUCAAGUUUCCGAACCCAUUCCAGACCCUUGCCAUCGUCUGUCAGAAGGAUACCAUUAUCAUUCUCCUUUCGAAUGCGAUACUUUUUGCCGGUUUUUACGAUGUCAGUGCCACGAUCCCGUCCAUCUACAACGAUCUUUAUGGUCUGGACGAUCUCCAGAUCGGCUUGUGCUACAUUCCGUUUGGCCUCGGUGCCAGCAUUGCAUCGAUCUUGAAUGGGAGUUUCCUGGACCGCAAUUACCGGCGUAUUGCGACCAAGAUGGGGUUACCAUUGGUCAAGAAUCGUCACACAGACUUGAGAAAUUUCCCCAUCGAGAAAGCGCGUCUUCAGAUAGCUUUCCCGAUGCUUUCCAUUGGAAGUCUGUGCAUUCUGGCUUUUGGAUGGUGCCUCAAUUACGGUGUCCACCUCGCUGCGCCGACGAGCAUCCUAUUCAUCAUGGGUCUUACUUUGACAGGCGCGUUCAACACUGUGAGUACACUGUUGGUCGAUCUGUACCCGACGCAAGCUGCCAAAGCCACUGCGGCGAACAAUAUUGUCCGGUGCUUGCUCGGCGCUGGUGCUACGGCCCUGAUUGACCCUAUGCUCUCGGCUAUGGGCCGUGGAUGGUGCUUUACUUUCAUUGCACUUGUGAUGUUAUCCACGUCACCACUGCUCCUAUGGGAGAUUCAUCGAGGUCCUGCAUGGCGCGAAGCGCGCCGGCAAAAGGACGAGGCGAAGAAGCUCGCUGGUGAAAUGAGCACUGGCGACGAGAAAACCUUGAGAUAA